AUGUCGUUGACUCGCCGCUCUAUCGAUUUGGCCUGGCCUCCGGGCACAGUUCGCAUUGAAGAUCUUCAUAGCAAGGACGCCGACAUUAUUCUACAGCCCCAGCCCACCGCCGACCCAAAUGAUCCCCUGAACUGGCCGACAUGGAGAAAGCACCUCAACUUCAUCCUUGUGAAUUUCUAUGUGCUCCUGGUUUUCGCCUUGAUAAAUAUGGUGACGGUCACAUGGGCGUCGAUGAAUCUGGAGCUAGGCUUCAGCUACAACAUUCUCAAUGACAGUUACGCUGCUGGCUGCGGAUCCCUCUGCAUAGGAGGCGUCUUCCUCCUACCAUUCGCGCUGAAAUAUGGCAGGCGCCCUGUGUACAUCCUCAGCCUGGCUGUACAGUGCGGAGUAUCUGUCUGGUCUGCUAGGGUACAAAACGUCACGGACCUCAUGAUGGUCAAUAUCUGGGGAUGUUUUGUGGGAGCCCUGUGCGAAGUCAUGGUACAAAUGACCGUCGCAGAUGUUUUCUUCGUCCAUCAGCGUGGGUUGAUGAACAGCAUUUAUAUCUGGACUCUGACCGUCGGAACCACACUCGCUCCGCUCGCCGCUGGAUAUGUCACUUCCUCUCAAGGCUGGCGUUGGGUCUGGUGGUGGACCGCCAUUUUGAUCGGGGCGUUUGUGAUCCUGAUGUUCUUCCUCUACGAGGAGACAAAAUACGAGGGGCAGACCAUCAACGGUAUUCCCACUACCAAUCGCCCUUCCCAGGAUCAUUUCACGGGCCCAGUCGAGAAGACCGUGGAUGAGAAGUCAUCACCCUCAAAGGACGCCGGUGCCAAUAGUGUUGAGUUAACUCACCAAGAGCCUCAACUUACCAGAGUCGAGAUUGAUCCUACAAUCCCCAUCAAGCCGUACUGGAAAAAGCUGGCUCUCUGGUCUUCCUCACCCAAGUCCAUUCGAUCCUUCGUCAGACACAGCUACCAGCCUUUCCUCAUUCUCUGGCACAUCCCCGCUGUGCUGUACAUGUCACUUCUGAACGGCGCCAUGACGGCUGCAGGAAUCAUGCCCAUCACGGUGUAUUCCGUCUACAUGACGCUGCCGCCAUACAAUUUCGGGCCCCAACAAAUUGGACUGUUGGGGUUGCCCGCCUUCAUCGGCACAUUGGUUGCCGCCGUCAUAUGCGGACCGCUCAGCGACUGGAUGAUCCUGCGGAUGGCUAGGAGCAAUGGUGGGAUCUACGAGCCCGAGAUGCGGCUGUGGCUGAUUUUGGCGUUUACACCGUUUGUCGCCGCGGGCUUGUUGAUGUUUGGGAUUGGCCUCGAGAGAGGUCUACCAUGGCCGUUCAUUGCCGUCGGGCUUGGGGUAAACUCGUUUGGGAUGACCCCGGCGAUGAGUCUCUCCCUGACAUACUUGACGGAUGCAUACACGGAUAUCAUCUCCGACUCUCUCGUGGCAGUCACUUUCGUCAAGAACCUGUUCCCCACCAUCCUAGUCUUUGCAUUGACGCCGUGGAUCACGGCGGUUGGGCUUGGGAAUGUCUUCAUCACCGCCGCCGUCAUCUUCGUUGCCAUACUGUUGGGGAACAUCGUCUUCAUCCGCUUCGGCAAGCGCUUCCGAACGCGUUCGGCGGGUAAAUACCGUCUUUACGCCGGCAACCCCUUGGAAGAGGCUUAG